CACAGGCUGCGGCUGAGGCUCAUUGUGAUUCCCGCAGGGCGCUGGCCAUGGAGCCGGGCAGCAUCGACAACCUGUCCAUCCUGUACCAGAGCUCUGACUUCAUCGUGGUCAACAAGCACUGGGACAUCCGCAUCGACAGCAAGAUGUGGUACGAGACCCUGACGCUGCAGAGCCAGCUCAAGUACCGCUUCCCCGAGCUGGCCGACCCCGACACCUACUAUGGCUUCAGGUUCUGCCACCAGCUCGACUUCUCCACCAGUGGGGCUCUGUGUGUCGCACUCAACAAGGCAGCAGCGGGAAGCGCCUACAAGUGCUUUAAAGACCGGCUGGUGACCAAAGCCUAUCUGGCCCUGGUCAGGGGCCACGUCAGCCAGAGCCGGAUGACGAUCCGCUACGCCAUAGGGAAGAACACCACCGAGGGCAUGACCCACAUGAUGUGCAUCGAUGGGACGGAGGGCUGUGAGAACCCCAAGCCUUGCCAGUCGGAGCUGAUCGUGCUGGAGCACGGGUCCUACAGCGGAGACCCCGUAACCAAAGUGCUGCUGCAGCCGCUUACAGGGCGUACUCAUCAGCUCCGGGUUCACUGCAGCGCCAUCGGCCACCCCAUUGUGGGGGACUUCACCUACAGCCACAGGAAGGACAGCAGUCCCUAUAGGAUGAUGCUCCAUGCCUACUACCUGCGCAUCCCCACCGGCAAGGAGCUCAUUGAGGUCUGUGCCCCCGACCCCUUCAUCACCGCAAUGGACAGCAACUGGGUGCCCCAGAGCAUCACUCACCGGCUGGAUGAGACCAUCCAGGAGCUGAAGGACAAGGUGAUGCAGAAGGAGGAAGAGGAAAGCCAGGAAGCCGUGCUCGGUGGUGGGGAACAGGAGGCACUGAGCGAAGCCAAGAGCCCAGAGACAGAGGAGCAGCGAGCCCGGUGUGAGCAGUGGUUGGCCGAGUGGGCAUUGGAGUGAGCACAAACCACGUCACUGCGUUUCCAGCCCAGUGCUCCAUUUCUAUCCCAGUGGGUCCCUGCAGAGCCCAGCGCUGACUCCAUGCCUGCACUUCCUGUAUCCAUGGCUUCCCUCACUUCUGGGGCUGGGAUUAGGCAGAUUUUAGCAGUGUUUAGUGGUUUUUAACGUACACAUCAUCCAUCUGGC